AUGAAAUUACGUUUUGAAGAAAUUAAAAUUUUGUUUCCUAAAUUAAAACAAAGUACAAUAUUUAUGGAUGAACGUGAAAAAUUAUUAUCCAAACUAUGUACAGAAAAAGAUCAAUCAAAUUCAACAUCGAUCGAUGAUAAUGAUUCAGAAGAACAAUUACUACUUAUAGAUGAAAAUAUGAGAUCUUCUGAUUCUGUUCCAUUUGUUGAAGAAAUAGUUAUAGAAAAUACUGAAGUUUCAUUAUUUGAUUCGAAUAAAAAUCAUUCUGAUAAUGAAGAAAAUGAUAAUCAAAUUGAAGCGAAUAAAAUCAAACUUCAGGAUGACUAUAAAUUACCAACAUUUCCAGAUGAUCUUCAGUUUGUUGUUGAUCAGAACGAUUUGACAAAAUUAGCUCCUCAUAGCUACUUUAGAAAAGUAUUGUUAAAUUUGAUUUAUGAUGAUAUUGCAAACAAACAUCAAUUGUUAUAUCCAAAAGCACAAGAUUAUCUUAUUAUCACAAAAGCUGUAUUACGAUCAUUAAAUAUUCCAGUGGAUAAUCAAAAUGUUUUGGAUCCAAUAUCACCUACACCUUGUAUUAAAAUUUUGGAUGAUAAAUACGAGCUCUAUCUUGAUUAUCAGCUUAUUGUACAAACAACAUCUGCUCAAGAGGUAAUUUCAAUUUUACUUAGUUUAUACAAUAUUUUUCAAGUAAAAUUCGUACGUCAUUCUCGUGGUGUUCAUUUACUGUAUGCAAUAAUGUUUCAAGAUCAAAAUGAACUUACUAAAUCAUUAAAAAAUCUUCUUGUAUCAUGGGAUUAUACAAUUAAAAAUAAAUUAGUUGUUCGUCAACAUCUAAGUACAAUAACAGCAACAACAUUGAAUAAUAGUAAUAUAACUCAAAGUACAAUAUCAAUGCAAUCAAAUGAAAAUAGUUUAGAUGUAGUUGAAAAAGUUGAUCCCAUUCAAAAUCAAACAAUUAAUGAUAUGGAACAAGAAUCAGUAACGAAUCAUUCACUUAAUCAUGCGCCAGCUUUAGGUAAUUGUAGAAGAAAAUCCGAUUGUAAUAUCAACCACGUCAAAAAAAAAUCUAUGUCAUCGAAGAAACAAUCUUCAAAACCUGCUGUCGAUGAAAAUAUUUUUGAGACAAUUGAGACCAGUUCUUUUAACAUUGAACCUGUAACUAAAGCAGCACAAUGUCCAAAAAAACGUAAACCAACAACAUCUCACGAACAUAUAACAAGAUCUUCAAGUCGUCUACAAUUCAAGAAAUCACGUUUAUCAUAA